UUUGUGGUCUGGUUGGCACUCUCUGCUCGGUGCUCUGCUGGUUUUUUUUUUAUCUUGUAGCUGCUCAUCAGUGCAGAUCGUCGGAAAAAAAAGCCGUGUCAAGUGCAAAUUUCCCCGAUAAGAAAUAGUGUUCUGAUUAACGAACAACCAUGUCCGAUCCGGUGGAAAACGGUACCGCUGCAGCAGCCUUAGCCGAAGAAGCUCCGGUCAAAACGGAAAAGCAGCUCAAAAAGGAAGCGGAAAAGGCAGCCAAACUGGCCAAAUUGCAGGAAAAGAUGAACAAAAAACAUCAGCAGGCAGAACAGGCCGCCGUUAAGCCCAAGGUCGAGAAAAAAGUGAAGGAAACGAAAGAGGCCAUCGUUUAUACGGGCAACACCCAGGAGGGUGAGAGGAAAGACUUGUCGACUCCGUUCCCGGAUGCGUACAGCCCGCAGUAUGUGGAAGCCGCCUGGUACAGCUGGUGGGAGAAGGAAGGCUUCUUCAAACCGGAAUACGGGCGCAAGGAGAACAAUUCCAAGGGUCAGUUUGUGAUGGUUAUCCCACCACCGAAUGUGACCGGUUCUUUGCAUUUGGGUCACGCACUGACCAACGCGAUUGAGGACUGUAUCACGCGGUGGAAUAGGAUGAAGGGCCGCACUACGCUGUGGGUUCCAGGGUGCGAUCAUGCCGGCAUUGCCACCCAGGUCGUAGUCGAGAAGAAGUUGUGGCGAGAGCAGAAGCUGACCCGCCACGAUCUGGGACGGGAGAAGUUCAUCGAGAAGAUUUGGCAGUGGCGUAACGAGAAGGGCGAUCGGAUCUACCAUCAGCUGAAGAGGUUGGGUUCGUCGUACGAUUGGACCCGGGCGUGCUUCACGAUGGAUCCGAAACUGUGCAAGGCUGUUACGGAAGCGUUCGUGCAGCUACACGAACGAGGUAUGAUCUACAGGAGCAAUCGAUUGGGCAAUUGGUCCUGUGCGCUGCGAUCGGCCAUCUCAGACAUCGAGGUGGAUAAGGUUGAAAUUCCAGGACGGACACUGCUAGCCAUUCCCGGCUACACCGAGAAGGUUGAGUUUGGCGUUUUGGUUUCCUUUGCCUACAAGGUGGAAGGCAGCGACGAAGAGAUCGUUGUGGCGACUACCCGUGUGGAGACCAUGCUGGGAGACACGGCCGUUGCCGUGCACCCAAAAGACGAUCGCUACAAGCACUUGCAUGGCAAAUUCGUCGUUCAUCCAUUCUGCGAUCGAAAGCUGCCGAUUGUGUGUGAUGAUUUCGUCGAAAUGGGCUUCGGAACGGGAGCCGUCAAGAUCACGCCAGCUCACGAUCCGAACGAUUACGAAGUCGGCAAGCGGCACAAUCUGCCGUUCAUUACGAUUUUUACCGAUGAAGGUUUCAUCACUGGGGAGUACGGUGAGUUCACCGGAAUGAAGCGAUUCGAUGCCAGAAAAGCAAUCCUGACUGCCCUCCAAGCGAAGGGUUUGUACAAGGAAACCGUUGAUAAUCCGAUGGUCGUACCGAUUUGUUCCCGCUCGAAGGAUGUCGUUGAACCGCUGAUCAAGCCCCAAUGGUACGUCAAGUGCGACGAAAUGGCCAAGAACGCUACGGAAGCCGUUCGUUCCGGAGAGCUGAAGAUCACUCCGGAAGUGCACAAGAAGACCUGGUAUCACUGGAUGGAUGAAAUCCGCGAUUGGUGCGUUUCCCGUCAACUCUGGUGGGGACACCGAAUUCCAGCCUACCAGGCUUCGUUCAAGGAUCCUAGCCAGAAACCGGCCAAUCUGGGCGAGGAGUCUCUCUGGUUCGUCGGACGUACCGAGGAGGAAGCUUUGGAGAAGGCAGCCAAGGAGUUGAACGUUCCCAAGGAGUCACUCGCUCUUAAGCAGGACGAAGACGUACUGGAUACCUGGUUCAGCUCCGGUCUGUUCCCAUUCUCCGUUUUCGGCUGGCCGGACAACACCGAUGAUCUGAAGCUUUUCUAUCCGACGUCCCUGCUGGAAACCGGUCACGAUAUUCUGUUCUUCUGGGUCGCCCGUAUGGUGUUCUUCGGACAGGCUCUGCUCGGAAAGCUUCCGUUCCGGGAGGUGUUCCUUCAUCCGAUGGUUCGCGAUGCCCACGGACGCAAGAUGUCCAAAUCGCUCGGAAAUGUCAUCGAUCCGAUGGAUGUUAUAACCGGCAUCUCGCUGGAGGGCCUGCACCUGCAGCUGCAGGAUUCCAACCUAGACCCGAGGGAGAUCGAGAAGGCCCAGGCCGGCCAGAAGCAGGACUACCCGAACGGUAUCCCGGAGUGUGGAACGGACGCAAUGCGGUUUGCUCUGUGCGCCUACAACACCCAGGGACGGGACAUCAACUUGGACAUUAUGCGUGUCCAGGGCUAUCGGUUCUUCUGCAACAAGCUGUGGAAUGCGACCAAGUUUGCGCUGAUGUACUUCACCGGAGAGGAGCGGUACGACGUGCUGCCGGACAAGACCGGCUUCGAGAGCAACAUCGAGCGCUGGAUCCUGUCCCGGAUGGCCAACUGCAUCGACGUGUCCAACAAGGGCUUCGAGAAGUACGAAUUUGCCCAAACCACCAGCGCGUGCUACGACUUUUGGCUGUACGACCUGUGCGACGUCUAUCUGGAGUGCUUGAAGCCGGUGUUCCAGUCCGGAACCGAGGAAGCUAAGGCCUCCGCCAGGAAGACGCUCUACACUUGCUUGAACAUUGGUCUGAAGCUCCUAUCGCCCUUCAUGCCUUUCAUCACCGAGGAGCUGUACCAGCGGUUACCGCGUGCCGAUGUGGACCAGGUGGCCAGUAUUUGCGUGGCUCCCUACCCGGAACUGGAAUCAUGUAACUGGCACAACGAGCAGCUCGAAAAGGACUUUGAGUUUGUGCAGCGUGUGGCCAAGGUCAUCCGGUCGGCCCGGAGCGACUACAAUCUGCCGAACAAGAUGAAGACGGAAGCGUUCGUCCUGUGCAGCGACGAUUCCACCAAGGAUACGCUGGAGAGUUUCAUCGGGGAUCUGACGACCAUGUCCUACUCACAGAUCAAUCUCAUCAGCGAAGCACCGCCGGCGGGUUGUGCUAUCCUGACCGUUUCCGGUGCUUGCGUUGUGCAUCUGAUGCUCAAGGGACUGAUCGAGGUUGACAAGGAAGUAGAAAAGCUUAGCAAGAAGAAGGAGAACCUAAGCUCAACCGUUGGUAAGCUGGAACAAGCGAUCGGAGCGGCCGACUACGAUAACAAGGUUCCGGAGGAAGUUCGGAAGAACAACCAGGAGAAGCUGGACCAAUCCAAGAUCGAAAUCGAACGUAUCAUUGCAGCAAUAGAAACCCUAAAGAUGAUGUAAGGCAUAUUUCGAGUGUCUCUAUCGGAAAAAACGGAACAUUUCACUUUAAAAGCAUUUUUGUGUUUAGGCUACCGAGUGCUUUAAAAAAUAACUUUUGCAUCAGUUUAAGCAGAAGAAGUAGUAAUUUAUUGCCACUAAAUACUAUAAUAAAACGUCAGCGUUGCGAUUUUACACACGUACACAGAUUAAAUAAAAAAUAUCAACACAGUUGGAAUAAAUUAAGCAAGCAAAAG